AAGAAUGCUUUAAUUUACAGGAAAAGAAAGUAAGUUUAUUAAAAAUGCUUUUCCGUCAUGACAAAAAAAAACAUAUAUAUAUACCAUCAUAGAAAUGAAAGCCUCAAUGUACAAAAAAGAAAGUAAGUUCAAUAAAAAUGCUUUUCUGGGAUGUAAAAUAAAAUAUCUCUGGUAGAGACUAAUAAAUUUUGCGGUAUAAAUCUGCAUCGUACGAAAUUUCAUUGAAUACCGAAAUACUGACAUGAAUCAUCUCCAAGCGGACAAUUCGCGCAUCGAUAGGAAGCUCACUUGUAUGUGUUCAUGAUGCAAUAUCGCGGUGUCCCGCGUGACGUAAUCUCGACGUACUCUUCAAGCGUUUACAAUGAGAAAGGAGAAAGAAUUGAUAGAUUCAUAUUGUUGUCGUGAUUCACUCGUGAUACCUGCAGGAUCGUAGGAGAAAUCCCGCAUUUCGGUGAGAAGCGAGCGGAAGGAUGGUAGACGACGCUGAAAUGACGCAAUUUGCUUCCUAACGCCAGAUAAUCGUCCAGUUCGAAGGUGGACCCGGUGGCGUCAUGAAUCGAGAAAACGAGGAACAGCGACCGGUCCCUCAGACGCUGUGCGGCGCGCUGCAAAAGGAACCGAACUGCAAAUGCUUGGUGCUGACGGUUCUUAUAUACGGCUGUCUCGCGGCAGUAACAUGGUGCAGAUGCGCUAACGUUACCAAGAUUAUGGUCAACUACACCAAGUUCCCCAUCAGAAGUACGAGGCACGUAUCAUCGCCCUGUGACGACGGCUAUAUAUAUAUUCCGGUGGCAUUUAUGGGGAUGCUGUAUCUGGUUUAUCUGGUGGAGUGCUACCAUUCGCCAAUCAGGAUCGAUCUAUUACACGCGGAGAGCCAGGAUAGUGUGCUGUCCAAAUUGGCACAGCUAAAGAUGGCACAGCCGCGGAUAUGGUGGAAGGCAGUUUCCUAUCACUACGUGCGCAGGAAACGGCAGAUUACGCGUUACAGGAACGGGGAUAAUUAUACUACCACGCAGGUCUAUUACGAGAGGGUGAACACACACUCGGCCACUUCCCACUACUAUUACGACUAUUGCGGAGUGAAGGACAUCAGUAAGGAAUUGAUACUCGAAGCCAAGAUACCGAUCACGAAGAUCACGCUUACCAAGGGCUUUGCGUUUUCGAACAUAAGGUCCGCCACGGAAUUCGAGGAGGCACGGUCACGAUUUUUCGCUGAACAAGAACUCAGUGACGACUAUAUGGAGAUGAGAGAGGGUCUUGAUCUCGGAUACAAUGUCAACACGAUGCUGGUUGCCGUUCUUGGUAACCCGUGGUUCACGAAUCGCUACAUUUACUGGUGUCUGAGCGCUCUGCUGCUUAGCUGGCCGUUACGAGUAAUCAUUGAGUACAAAACGCAGUACGCUGAUUAUCAGGUUACCAAGCUGUUUGGCGUAAAUUAUGAUACACCAACCUCCGGUGAACCCAUCCACGCAUCUAUGAGCCAGCUAAGCCAGCCAGGCUCUUACAUGCUGGCGCCCAGUUACAGCGAGGCAUUACUGAUGGAACCAGCAACGUCUCGCAACGAAGAGCCGGAACAAAAUCAAACGGAUGUCGCAACCGACAUGGUGCCCAGCUACUCCGAGGCGCUUCUCUACGAGCGUGCCGAACAGUACGAUCGUCGCAAUAAUGCGAUUGUGAAUAAUGCUGGAUGCGCGAGCAAUGUGGAGGCGUCUUGCAACGUAGACGAUCCCAGGCGAAUGCUAUCCCCGAUGCCAUGCGAGUGCCACUGCCCUUGUCCUUGUCACGAGAAUGUGAACGACUACGACCUCAGGACGAUGAACGAGCGCAGCUACAUCGAGAGCGCGACCAACAGAGAACACUUACCAAUGAGCACCGAGGUUAGUGAUACAUUCGAGAGUGAAUUAGCGACGCUACGGACAACGGCUGAUGGGCGAUUGCAUCCUCCCGCAAACUUGGCUCCCUAUUCCAUGGACGAUCUCCAAGUCGAAGCGUCUCCAAGCAGAUGCAGCAGCUGUGGCAGAAUUUCCGCCAGCACGCAAACGAUUAACACUGACAUUCCACAUCCUCCCCAUGUUGUCACUAGGAACAAAUCUAACGAAGGUUCUCAGACUUCGUCGACGGAUUUCAUUUCCGGCAUGACGUCUGAAAGAGAGUACGAGGCUAUACCCCGUGACAUUUCCGAACCUAAUUUAAGAUCACGAUCGGAACUAGCGGAACUCCCGAAGGACAAGGUCAGAAGCCUGGAGAACAUAUUAGAGAACGAAGAGGAACUAUUAGGAAUUGGCAAAGUUGGCUUUGCCAACGUACAAACGAAUCUUCCGUACGAAAGGCCGCAUCCUCCCGAACGCUACAGGAGAUUCCCGGCCUCCCUUCCGCCCUCUCUGACUCAUCAUCGUUCCCUCUCCCUCGACGAGACAAGCGUUUCCCCAAGAAACAUGGGUGCCAUUCCGAAAACCGAACCGCGUAGCAGGAUUAUGGUGAAUCCUAUGUCAAACGAGGCCUGCUGGAAGCUACCCAACUCGAAGACGUAUUUUUGCUUGAAGUCGAUCUUGAAGCACAACAGGCGCAGCUAUACGUUAGUGACCGCGGACGAAUUUCAAAAUCUCGCCGAACAGGAUGCUAACCGUGGUCUUAGAUACCUCGACAGUUUUGACAGAGGCGAAAAGAGCGAUCGCGAUAUUCAAGUCGAUAAAUUGGCCGAUCAUUCGCGCUCGAGGGAAAGAUUGAAUCCUAGGAGGAGGAUGCCGUCUUUCGAAGAAUUUAUGUCGGCAAGAGACAAAAUGUAUAUCAAUGAUCAGAAACAGGAAAGCACUAGAACGCUCAUUUUCGCCAGUCCGAUACAAGAAGUCUUCCCUGGUGAUCCCUUCGGCGGCAAGGAUAUCGUGCCAGUGAGAAAUUUGAGGGAACGUAGUGCCAGAGAGGGCGAUCCCGUGAACAAUCCAGUCAUGCUCACUCGGCCAAGUCGAUCUCUAACCGUUCGAGACGCAAGAUGCUUUUCUACCGAUUAUACCAGGAAUCCAUUCCGACCCGACAGCACCACGUAUCCGUUACCACAUGUCACGCAUCCGCACUGGCGUGAAAGAGAACUCCAGUAUCUUUUACACAACAGACACCCACUCGAGCCAAUGGGCACUUCUACUAGAGCGCGGGAAGAGACACCGCGAGCGUAUCGAAACGUCGACAUCUCGUUUGCUUCCUAUGACGGGAUGCUCUCCGAACGCGCGAAUAGAUGGUCGACGAGCUCGAACGAAUAUGACGAUAGAUCUCGCGAGGGUCAUACGGCUAACCCUAAGUACUUAUCGAAUAGAAGACGCCAGACAGCCGGUUUGACCAGAUCGCUCACCGAGAGGCGUCCGAAGGUCGCUCGUCUCGACAGGAACUUCCGGAGAAGCUUCACAGGCAGAGUGGAAGAUUAUAGAAUGGAUUAUAGAAUGGAGAAUGCCAGACGGACAAAUUUCAGCAUCGAAACGUCGUUGUAACGAGCGUUGAUUUUCGGGUGCUAAUUGCAUCGGUCUCGGUUAGACAUGACCGCGGUUAAUUCCUCUGCUGUGUAGAAUGUUUCUCUAAAUUGCCAUGAAAAACUCACAAUAUCGGAUGUUUUAUUGCGAUAAUUAAAUAUCGAGUAAAAGAAUAUCUUUACAUCCUAUCAUAACUCCAAAGUUUAUCAGAAACGGUACAAUAUACAUAUAACAAUAUAACAUCGGAAAGUAUUGAUAUCUGGAUAAUUCUAUAAAACAAAACGAUCUCGGCUUUGCAUCAUAGUUUAUAAUAUGUUUUCAAAAAUAUCUUGAUAAAUGGGAAUAUGAUCUAAAAAGGAACAGCAGAUUAACUUGGAAGUUAAUUAAUCCAGAUCGUUGCAUUGGUGCAAUUCACUCCUAAAUAAGAUUACUAGUUUUUCUCCCCUGUCUACAAUAUUAUAAAUGGGACUAUAAUCUAAUUAGGACAGGGAGUCACUGAGGAUUUUGCUGACCUGAACUGUCGACGGCAUGAUUCAUUGUCAGCCUUAAAUUGUUACUUCUUUGUUCCACACUACUUGUAUCGUAAGUAUCCGUCCUACUACUUUACGAAUUAACCAUAUUCGCGAACGGGUCAUGCCAUUUUCCAAAAGACAUUCCAAUGCGGGCUAUUGCCCUUAGCGCCUUCACUUAAAGGCACUCUCGAAAGAGGACCAUAAUGUUACGCGCAUUUUUGAAAUUUGACAAUCGGCUAUCGGAAAAGCUCGGAAAAUUAUCCCGUAUGUACAUGUGCAUUCAGCGUUAAAUACCAACUAUCAUCGUUUCAGAAUUUUAAGCUCACUUUAAUUUAUCUAUGAUUCGUAUCAGAAUUCAGGAUAGAAUUUUAUCCAUAAUUUUGCUAUUUUAUGUGUGUAAUACAAAAACUAUUUAAAGAAUUAGAAUACAUACACAUAUUAAUAUACAUUAAUAAAUUAUAUACAUAUAUGUAUAUUAUAUGUAUAUGCAUAUUAUACAGGGUGUCCCAUGACUCGAGGUCCAUGCAUUAAGGGUGUGUUAUUGAAGUCAUUUAGAGUUGAAAUUGUUUAAUAAACAUAUGUCCAUAAAUGUUCCUGAUAGAACCACAACUAUUGAAAGUUAAUAUGAAUAUUUGAAACAUUUUCAAAUAAAUAUCCUUGGACUACUUUCUUUGGGGGCAUAUAAAGUCAGUAGUUCAUGCAGAACAAUCUCGCAAUAGAGAUGAACUUGUGAACAGAAUUAUGGAUGGCCAGCAACGCAAAUAAGAAAUUCUCCUGGCAUGGUGGAGCGAGCUGUUAGAUCACUUUUACUGAAGACAAUACUUUGCAUUGAAUCUGCAGGAGAUAAUUUUGAACAGAAUUUGUAAAUAAACAAGUUAAAUUAAAUGUCUUUUUUAAAUAUUCACAUCAACUUUCAAUGGUUGUAGUUCUGUUAGGAAGCAUUUACGGACAUUAAACAAUUUCAACUCUAAAUGACUUCAAUAACAUUACCUUAACGUAUAGACCUCGAGUCAUGGGACUCGAUAUGCAUGUAUAUAAGGACCAGUCAAAUGAAAGUGAGUCAAGAAAACUCUUACCUUUAUUUAAAAAAAGUUUUUGAAAAUAAUCUUUGAAAAUAGUUCCACAGCUCUUCAGAGCUUGAUAAAAUUAGACUGGGCGCAUAGUAUCAACUUGCAUCGACUAAACUGUUUAAUCGAUGUCGAGCAGCAACAACGAUUUCUUAUCAACUAAACAAUUUAAUCGAGGACUAUAUUAUUACAGAAUGAGUGUAUCCAGUUUUAACGAGCUUCUCGUGUUAAUUCCCAGGUAGCAGGAUGACGUCUAAAGACGUCUUAAUGAUGUUUUAUUUUAUUGAUGUUAGAGAUGUCAUUAAGACGUUAUUAAUACGUCAUUUGACGUUACUCGCUGCUACCUGGGUUAACCUAUGUAUUUUAGAAAGUAUAAUAUUUUUGUCGAUAAUAUAUUCAUACUCUGGCGUAGUAACACGAUCGAUGAUAGUCGAUCGACACUUUCAUCAAAAAGUUAACAAACUGUCUUUUGACUUUUUAGUCGAGUCGAUAUCAAGUUGAUGAGUAAGCGCGUUCUCAUAAUAACUCUAAGCUUUUUAAUGAUCUACUAAACUAUAAAUCGACGCAAAGAGUCGAUAGUAUGCGCCUAGUCUUAUUCAGGAGCCAUGGCUCCUGAAUUAAUGCUAAUAUUGCCUACAUCACAGCCAUGCAUCCGGCUAGAAUUGCCAAAGUUCUACUUACUACAUCUUAAUCAGCGCUCUUGCUGUGAUACAAGUCGUUUUAAGCCCGUAUCAGACUACGGAUUGGGAUUGAGAUUGGAUAGAAAUUUAAUCAAUCAGAAUAGAGAAAACUUACCUCAAGUUUAGUGAACUUUGCGUUGAUUGGUUUGACUUUACAGCACCGGGAUGGUAAGACCUGUCCUCUUUCAAACAGUUUCUAUUUGUAACACCAGACGUUACAUAUAUAUCCUCUCCGCGUUCUUUAUCGAACAACUUUACAGUUACUCAACCUAAGCAGCAGAAGGGCUUGAAACAGUUUUUCGCAGGGCUUCCAGAAGCCGCUGAUCAAGGCAGCGACAUGGACACACUUGACAUCCCUGCUUUCACUCUCUCUUACGACGAUUUGGCUACCAGACCUGUGUUUUGUCUGUUGAAGACAGAUAAUAGUCUCCUCAAUCGACAAAUCAGGUUCUUCCACAUGUACCAAUGGUGUUUGGGUAUUAGCUCGUCGGCUGGCAAUGCAUCGAAAGGAAUAUCCCUGAUUUUGAUCUCGGUGAAUAGGCUUUUUAGCUAAUACGCUGAUUGUUCAUUGGCGCAUUUAUAUAAAGAUGAUUACGCUAUUUCUUUCUCAGGAAUUUUUCAUAAAGGUGAGAACUAGCGCACUCUCGAAGUUCAAGGAUCUGCUGAUCAGCUUUCUGAUCACACCCACUUCACCGACAUCCUUGAUCAGUGACCUUGGGUUUCUGCCUGGGUGACUGUCCGACAGAUUGGAAAUAUUGUGACAUAAAAUAAAAAGACACGCUUUUACGUGUCAGAUGUUGACCAUAUCUUUCUCUCUUUAUCUUUUGUAUCCGAAGAGUAGGACUUUGGGCUUUUUCAGCCUGUCCUUCUCUCUGCAACUGCUUUUUAUAACGCUGCUAUAGCGAACUCGAGUUUUAGUUAGACCCGAUUCCGCAACUGGACUCCUCCAGUCGUUCGCUCCCUAGGAAUACCAUAUCUUGGAGGACUUUGUUUGAAUUAUUUGAAUUGUUAAGGCCUCCGCACAAUGAAAAAUAUAAGGAACAGCUAGAUAUUAGCGAUUAGGACUAAAGAAUCAAGAAUAAAGUUGGAUGCACGAUGAAAAAUACAGGCAACAGAAACAAUGAAUAACACAGGCAAUAGAUUUUAUCGAAAGCUGUGUAUUAAUGCUACACCAGCUUUAUUCCUGAUUUCUUAUUUUUAAUCGCUAAUAUCUGUUCUUUGUUCCUUAUAUUUUUCAUUGUGCGGGGGCCUUUAUUGUUAUUUCUGGAACAAAAUGGAACUAAAUUCUAUUUUUUGUCCCACAAAUACCGCGAUCGCACGAUUUCAUCCGGAUAGAGUCGCGAAUGCCCGGAAUUUGAUUCGUAUUCCCGAAGGGCACACGGUAUCCGGGAGGCACUGUUUGCGACAUAACUCCCCUUGCGCCACACAGCAAUAAUCGGUUUAGUAUAUCACUAUAGCUUAUACCUUAUGUGGAAAAUUUCUCUUCGUAGAUUGUACUCAGUUACACCUCCGAGUGCGACUUUAUGCCUUUCCACCAUUCCAAGAUGAGAUAAAUCCAUUCGGAGGGGGGAACAGCACUUUUAUUACUUUUAUAAAGUGAUAAAAAGGAUUUUAUCAUAAUAUCUUAUGCAAAUUAUAGAAUGUUUAAAACUUACUUUAAACGAUAUAUAAUUCGCGUCAGAUCUCUAUUCUGAAUAAAUUAAAUAGGGUAACUCCGAUAUUUACGCCGCGCGGGGAUUUAUGUCACAGAAGUUAAAAAAAUAGAAGCAAAAAAAAUGAAGGUAUUUGCUCGCGAUCAUUCUGUUAUUAUGUGCCUUUAUGCCAUGUUAGUGUUGUGUUGUCAUUUCAGUUCUUUACUACAUAUUAAUAUUAACGAAAUCUUCAUGAGUUGAAUUGAUUUCUCAAUGUAGUAAAUAGCGCGAUCAUAUUAUGACCAACGUAAUAUGAUUACUGUAGGGAAUGUGAAAGGUUUAAUGGUUAUUUCAUGAUACAUAAGUGUAGAGGGAUAUAGUAAUAAGUGGAAUAUACCAAAAAUACAAGUGCAUAGCUCCUGUAUUCUUUAUUUAGCUUGAUAUUUUGUAUAUCCCAUCUGUUCGCAAUAUACGGCAUUUUUAGCGUGCGGGAUUUAUGCUAUAGUAGACACUCUGCAAAAAUUGAAAUCUCCUAUGUGUUCUUUUUCCUUCUUUUUUUGAAUCGUAUAACAAUAACCUUUAAUGCAUCUAUCGUUCGACUAUUUUCUUAAUUCUUAAAAUUUUAUAGUUUUAUAAUUUGUUUAUUAUUCUUAUACCUUAAUAAACUUUUU